AUGGCCACAACGACCCUGAAGGUUGGCGGCAUGACCUGCGGAGCCUGCACGUCCGCGGUGGAGGCAGGCUUCAAAGGGGAAGACGGGGUCGGGAAUGUGUCGGUCAGUCUGGUUAUGGAGAGGGCCGUGGUGAUUCAUGAUCCUCAAAAGAUUGCGGCAGAGAGAAUACAAGAAAUUAUCGAGGAUCGAGGCUUUGAAGCGGAGGUACUAGCCACAGAUCUCCCCUCGCCAAUGUUCAACAGAAGGGGCUAUUUAUACGAUGAAAACGAGGACGGAACGGAAGAGGAGGAGGAGGAGGUGGAGGAGCUUUUUACAACAACAACAUUAGCUGUGGAGGGUAUGACAUGCGGAGCGUGUACAUCUGCGGUCGAAGGAGGAUUCAAAGAUAUCGCUGGACUCAAGCACUUCAGCAUAUCGCUGUUGUCAGAAAGAGCGGUAGUGGAGCAUGAUGCGUCUCUCCUGAGUGCUGAGAAGAUCGCUGAAAUUAUUGAGGAUCGAGGCUUCGGGGCAACAAUUGUGGAAAGCAGCAUCGCAGCACCUUCCCGCAGUCUGAAGUCACGGCGGACCAGUGUUGGGAAGAGAGAAAAAGUGGCAACGACCACUGUUGCUGUUGGUGGAAUGACCUGUGGGGCGUGCACUUCAGCGGUUGAAGGAGGAUUCCCACAAAGUCUGGACGGCCUGAUCCAGUUCAACAUCAGCCUCUUGGCUGAGCGAGCAAUCGUCGUCCACGACCGCUCGAAAUUAACGCCCGAGCAGAUUGCUGAGAUCAUCGAGGACAGAGGAUUUGACGCUAAGAUUCUCUCUACGCAACUGGGGAGCUUAAGUCAAAACUCAACAGCCGCAGUGGCCAUGUUCAAGGUCUUUGGAGUAAGAGAUGCAGCUGCCGCCACAGCACUGGAAGAGAAGUUGAAGUCGAUGCCUGGUGUCAACUCAGCAACUAUUAGUCUGUCAACAUCGCGACUAAACAUCUCCCACCAACCUAACAUCGCUGGACUAAGAGCUCUUGUUGAGCUCAUUGAAGCCCAGGGAUAUAAUGCCCUUGUCGCCGACAAUGAUGACAACAAUGCCCAACUGGAGUCAUUGUCUAAGACGAAAGAAAUCACAGAGUGGCGUAGAGCGUUCAAAACCUCUCUUGGCUUUGCCAUUCCAGUUUUCCUCAUCAGCAUGGUCAUCCCGAUGAUGUUACCGGCGCUCGAUUUUGGGAGUUUGGUUGUUGUCUUUGAAGGUCUCUACCUCGGCGACAUUGUUUGUUUGCUACUUACGAUACCCGUCCAAUUCGGUAUUGGCAAGCGUUUCUACAUCUCUGCAUAUAAUUCUAUGAAACAUGGGUCGCCAACCAUGGAUGUUCUCGUCGUGCUCGGAACAUCUGCGGCAUUCUUCUUCAGCGUUGCGGCAAUGAUUGUCUCCGUCCUAGCUCCUCCUCACACUCGGCCCAGCACUAUCUUCGAUACGAGCAGUAUGCUCAUCACCUUCAUCACUCUUGGACGCUUCCUUGAGAAUCGCGCGAAGGGACAGACCUCAAAGGCAUUGUCAAGACUAAUGUCACUUGCUCCAUCUAUGGCUACCAUUUACGCUGAUCCGAUCGCGGCUGACAAGGCCGCGGAAGGGUGGGAAGUGGCAAUUGGCUCAGGAAACGAACCAAAGUUGGAGUCUACCCAAGAAGGCAAUGCAGCAGAGGAGAAGGUCAUCCCCACUGAGCUCAUUCAAGUUGGUGAUAUUGUCAUCCUGAGACCUGGUGACAAAAUCCCCGCUGAUGGCACUGUCACUCGAGGGGAGACCUACGUCGAUGAGAGCAUGGUCACUGGAGAAGCGAUGCCAGUUCAAAAACGGAAAGGCAGUCUCCUAAUUGGAGGUACUGUUAAUGGUACUGGCCGCGUGGACUUCCGCGUUACACGAGCCGGCAGAGACACACAACUCAGUCAAAUCGUCAAGCUUGUCCAAGAUGCGCAAACCACCAGAGCUCCGAUUCAACGACUGGCCGAUACGAUCGCCGGGUAUUUUGUCCCGACAAUUCUUCUCCUUGGGUUUCUGACUUUCGCAACCUGGAUGGUUCUCAGUCACGUUCUUACUCAUCCGCCAAAGAUCUUCAUUGACCAGGCGAGUGGUGGGAAGUUCAUGGUCUGUGUGAAGCUAUGUAUAUCAGUCAUCGUCUUUGCUUGCCCUUGUGCUCUUGGUCUUGCCACCCCUACCGCUGUUAUGGUUGGAACUGGAGUUGGUGCCGAGAAUGGCAUUUUGGUGAAAGGUGGUGCUGCAUUGGAGACAACCACCAAAGUUACCCAAGUCGUACUCGACAAGACUGGCACCCUGACCGUCGGGAAGAUGAGCGUGGCUAGCUCCAAUCUUGUACCUACCUGGCAAAACAACGAGUGGCGAAGGAAGCUGUGGUGGACAAUUCUCGGUCUCGCUGAAAUGGGCAGUGAGCAUCCAAUCGGAAAAGCUAUCUUGGCUGCUGCAAAGGAAGAAUUGGGUCUCGGUAUUGAAGGCACCAUUGACGGCAGCAUUGGCGAUUUUGAAGCUGUUGUGGGCAAGGGCAUCAACGCUCUCGUCGAGCCUGCUUCAAGCGCCGAGCAAGCACGAUACCGCAUCUUGAUCGGGAGUGUCAAGUUCCUUCGAGACAACAACAUCACGGUACCUCAAGAAUCAAUCGAUGCUUCGGAAGAAGCAAAUACCAAAGCAGCCGGAUCCUCCAAAGCUGCAUCGGCAGGGACCACAAACAUCUUCAUCGCCAUUGACGGAGCGUUCACCGGACAUCUGUGCCUCGCAGAUACCGUCAAGGACAGCGCCCGUGCGGCCAUCGCUGCUCUCCACCAGAUGAAAAUCAAAACUGCAAUCGUGACCGGCGACCAACGGCCCGCCGCUCUCGCCGUUGCACGCAUUGUCGGCAUUCCCUCGAAGAAUGUCCAUGCCGGCGUAACACCGGAUCAAAAGCAAGACAUUAUUCGUAAGCUCCAAAGUCAGGGAGAAUGCGUCGCAAUGGUUGGUGACGGCAUCAACGACUCGCCAGCUUUGGCGACUGCCGAUGUAGGCAUUGCCAUGGCCUCGGGCACAGACGUCGCUAUGGAAGCUGCCGAUAUCGUAUUGAUGAGGCCAAACGAUCUUAUGGAUAUCCCAGCUUCCAUCCAACUAGCCCGUGAUAUCUUUGGUCGUAUAAAGCUCAAUCUUGGUUGGGCUUGUGGGUACAACAUCAUUGGCCUUCCAUUCGCAAUGGGCUUCUUCUUGCCCUUUGGCUGGCAUCUUCAUCCUAUGGCUGCAGGGGCUGCCAUGGCAGGUAGCAGCGUCAGUGUUGUGGCGAGCAGUCUACUCCUGAAAUUUUGGAAACGGCCACGAUGGAUGGACGACGCGUUGGCAUCGGAGAACGGCCAACUCAGAAGAAGAGGCAAGGGAUGGGGUCUAGGUGGACUCGUAGGCAAAGCCACAGAUAUCGCCAGGGCUGUCACGGGCAGAAGGAGAAAGGAGGAAGACGGCUACGUGCCCUUGAAUACCCUGGAAGCUGUGUAA